GAGAGAGAGGUGUUUAGCGAAUCACGCCUUUUGUCUUCUAUAUCCGAUGGCGACCUGUAGCGAUGAAGAAACCAGAAACCUAGUCCGGUCGCCACACCCAUCGUUGCCCUCCUCGCACCUCUUAUGCCCCUGCCGCCGUGCCGGCCUCCUCCUCGAAGAAGCGCUUCCCUGUCGCCGAGGCGUCGGCCCUCGAUUCCGGAGUGGAAUCCAGUGAUUAGCGGCGAUGGUCGAGAGGAGGAGGAGGUGAGGCCGGUGGUGUUGAAUGACAGAGAGUAUGCGGAUGGGAUCGGGAGGAUCGAGGAUCAGGGAAUCAGAGGUGGUGUUCCGGCCAAGUUCUUGUACCGGGAAUCGGCGCCGGCGUACUGGAGAGCCAAGGAGAAAAGCUUCUAUCCUUCUACAUCAAGGUUGAGGGUUGGCAUAUGGCAGAAGGUUAGGAACAUGAACUCUUGGUUCUUCAGCAGUCUCGGACAGGAGAAUAAGGACGGGAUGAUCAAAAUACAUUAACCAUUAAGCACCUUUAAGCCCUAGGAUGCAAGCAAAUGAAGCACUGGUGCUCAAUGUCUUUUGGCACUACUCUCAGGUUGGUUAUGUCCAUCUUUGUGUCAAACAUGAUGUUUUCCUAAGAGACCUGAAGUUGCAUAUGUAAGGAUUCUUGUACUCCUUUGUGUAUAAAACAGUAAUUACUUUUUAUGAA